GCGGCGCCGGGAGGAGCCAAAGCGAGCCAGAGACGCUGGGAACCAGCGCGGAGCCCAGCUGGGCCCGCACCGAGUGGCCCAGGGCCGGCGGGGACGUGGGGGCGAGCUGGGGUGAGAGCCGUCCCGAACUUACCAUGAACGCCAAGAAGAGAGGGAGCCCCGCGCGGACUCAUUCCAUGAUGUCCCUCACGGUGCGGCCGCAGCGCCGCCUGCUCAGCGCCCGGGUCAAUAGGAGCCAGUCCUUCGCAGGCGUCCUCAGCAGCCACGAGCGGGGACCUAGGAGCUUCCAGGUCUUCAGCCCUCCGGGGCCCCCACGGAAGCCCCCAGCGCUCUCCCGGGUGUCCAGGAUGUUUUCCGUUGCUCAUGCAGCCCCCAAGGGUCCCCAGCCUGAGCGGCUGGACCUGGUGUACACCGCGCUUAAGCGAGGCCUGACGGCCUACUUGGAAGUGCACCAGCAGGAGCAGGAGAAACUCCAGGGGCAGAUAAGGGAGUCCAAGAGGAAUUCCCGCCUGGGCUUCCUGUAUGACUUGGACAAGCAAGUCAAGUCCAUUGAACGCUUCCUGCGACGACUGGAGUUCCAUGCCAGCAAGAUCGACGAGCUGUAUGAGGCAUACUGCGUCCAGCGCCGCCUCCGAGAUGGUGCCUACAACAUGGUCCGUGCCUAUAGCACCGGGUCCCCAGGGAGCCGAGAGGCCCGGGACAGCCUGGCUGAAGCCACUCGGGGCCAUCGCGAAUAUACAGAGAGCAUGUGUCUGCUGGAGAAUGAUCUGGAGGCACAGCUGGGCGAGUUUCAUCUCCGGAUGAAAGGGCUGGCCGGCUUCGCCAGGCUGUGUGUGGGUGAUCAGUAUGAGAUCUGCAUGAAAUAUGGGCGUCAGCGCUGGAAGCUACGGGGCCGCAUUGAGGGUAGUGGGAAGCAGGUGUGGGACAGUGAAGAAACCGUCUUUCUUCCUCUGCUCACGGAAUUCCUGUCCAUCAAGGUGACAGAACUGAAGGGCCUGGCCAACCACGUGGUUGUGGGCAGCGUCUCCUGUGAGACCAAGGACCUGUUUGCUGCCCUGCCUCAGGUUGUGGCCGUGGAUAUCAAUGACCUUGGCACCAUCAAACUCAGCCUGGAAGUCACAUGGAGCCCCUUUGACAAGGAUGACCAGCCCUCCGCUGCUUCUACUGUCAACAAGGCCUCCACUGUCACUAAGCGCUUCUCCACCUAUAGCCAAAGCCCACCAGACACGCCCUCACUUCGGGAGCAGGCCUUCUAUAACAUGCUGCGGCGGCAGGAAGAGCUGGAGAAUGGGACAGCAUGGUCACUGUCAUCUGAAUCUUCAGAUGAUUCAUCCAGCCCACAACUGUCAGGCACUGCUCGCCACUCGUCAGCCCCUAGGCCCUUGAUGCAGCAGCCUGAGCCCCUACCUAUCCAAGUUGCCUUCCGCAGGCCUGAGACUUCUAGUUCUGGGCUCAUGGAUGAGGAAGGAGCUGUGGCCCCAGCCCUGGCCAAUGGGCAUGCUCCCUACAGCCGGACUCUGAGCCACAUUAGCGAGGCCAGUGUGGAUGCUGCUUUGGCUGAGGCUUCAGUGGAGGUCGCAGGACCAGAAAGCCCAGCCCCAGGACCCAAUCCACCUACACAUGCAGAUCCCACCCAUGGGCAGCACCCUGUUCCUAUUUCACCUGCCCUCAUCCCUGGCCAUUCUGCAUCAAGCCCCACCCUCAGUGCAACAGGCCCUGCCCCCACAUCUACAGACCCUGCUCCAUCUGCACACCUAGACUCAGUUCAGAAGGCCCCUGACUCUGGCCCUUCCGGACUAUCAGGCCACACCCAUACCACUACAAGCUCCACCUAUGGGGUUGUGAGCCCUACCCACAGUGCUCCAAGCCUCACUCAUACUACUGCAGGCUCCACCCACAAGCCCAUGGUGUCUACCUUUACCACCACAGGUCCUACUCUCACUGUCACAGGCCCCAUCAAGACCCCAGCAAGUCCCACUCACAAACCAAUGCUCUCUACCCUCACCACUACAGCCUCUACCCCCAAUACCAUAUGCCAAGUCCAGAUUGCCAUAACCCCUACCCACACCACUACAAACCCUACCCACAUUACUACAAGCCCCACCUACACUACUGUAAGCCCCACCCACAUGACUACAAGCCCCACCCAUACCACAGCAAGCUCCACCCACACCACUGUAAGCCCCACCCACACUACUGCAAGCCCCACUGAUAAAGCUGGGAUGUCAGUUCACACCACUGUAGGUCCUACCCUCAAUGCUAUGGGCCCAGUCCAGACUACCACAAGCCCUUCCACUCCUCUAGACCUUGCUAAGCUCCCCAGUCCCUCUGCAAAUACAGACCCCACCCUUCCAGGCACCAACCCCCUGCCCUGUAGCCACCCAGCCUCCACUCCCUGCACUCACGUAGACCCCACAACCCCCAGCACCUCCUACUCAAAUUCUACUUGUUCCAGCCAGCAGCUCCUCACAAGCGCUGCCACAGAUACCCCAGAGCCCAUCCUUCAGAGGCUAAGCCCCCCUCCCUCACCCCCAGCCCCUGCACCCCAGCAUUCAGACCUUAGCCUGGUUAGGGUUUCCCAGGCACCGGUCCCAGGGGCAGCUGGAGAGGCUGGGGACAGGAGGCUGGAAGAGGCACUGGGAGCCCUGAUGGCUGCCCUGGAUGACUAUCGUGGCCAGUUCCCUGAGCUACAGGGCCUGGAGCAGGAGGUGACCCGACUGGAGAGUUUGCUCAUGCAGAGACAAGGCCUGACUCGCAGCCGGGCCUCCAGUCUCAGCAUCACUGUGGAGCAUGCUCUGGAGAGCUUCAGCUUCCUCAACGAAGAUGAAGAUGAAGACAAUGAUGGUCCUGGGGACAGGGCCCCCAGCGCCCCGGAGGCUGGGGCUGAGGACUGCCUAGACUCACCCAGCGCCCGCCCUCUCAGUACUGGGUGUCCAGCCCUAGAUGCUGCCUUGGUCCAACACCUGUACCACUGCAGUCGCCUCCUGCUGAAACUGGGCACAUUUGGGCCUCUGCGCUGCCAAGAGGCAUGGGCCCUGGAGCGGCUGCUGCGGGAAGCCCGAGUGCUUGAGGCAGUAUGUGAGCUCAGCAGACGAUGGGAGACCCCUGCCACCUCUGCCCAGGAAGUGGUGCAGUUCUCAGCCUCUCGGCCUGGCUUCCUAACCUUCUGGGACCAGUGCACAGAAGGACUCAGCCCCUUCAUCUGCCCCAUGGAGCAGGUGCUCCUCACCUUCUGCAACCAGUACGGUGCCCGCCUCUCCCUGCGCCAGCCAGGCUUAGCCGAGGCUGUGUGUAUAAAGUUCCUGGAGGAUGCCCUGGGACAGAAGCUGCCCAGGAGGCCCCAGCCAGGCCCUGGAGAGCAGGUCACCAUCUUCCAGUUCUGGAGUUACGUUGAAACCUUGGACUGUCCCUCCAUUGAGGCCUAUGUGACUGAGACCGCCGAGGAGGUGUUACUGGUACGGAAUCUGAACUCAGAUGACCAGGCUAUUGUGCUGAAGGCCCUAAGGUUGGCCCCCGAGGGGCGGCUCCGAAGGGACGGGCUUCGAGCCCUCAGCUCCCUGCUUGUCCAUGGCAACAACAAGGUCAUGGCGGCCGUCAGCACCCAGCUCCGGAGCCUGUCACUGGGCCCUGCUUUCCGGGAGAGGGCCCUCCUGUGCUUCCUGGACCAGCUCGAGGAUGAGGAUGUGCAGGCUCGAGUGGCUGGCUGCCUGGCCCUGGGCUGCAUCAAGGCUCCUGAAGGCAUUGAGCCCCUGGUGUACCUGUGCCAAACGGACACGGAAGCAGUGAGGGAAGCUGCCCGGCAGAGCCUGCAGCAGUGUGGGGAAGAAGGACAGUCAGCCCAUCGACGGCUAGAGGAGUCUCUGGACGCCCUGCCCCGCAUCUUUGGGCCUGGCAGCAUGGCCAGCACAGCAUUCUGAACCCUCCAGCCACAUCUCCCAGGACCCCUCCCACCUACUUUUAAGGCUUACCAGGCACUGGCAGGGAGGGUGAGGGCUGGCUCCAGACACCCCUCCCCCGCAGAGUCCUAUCAAUGAAAAUCUAAUAUAUUCUUCCGUUGCCCCUGGGGUUGGUAGUCAGUGCCUGCAGUCAAGUGCCUCCCAGCCACAAAUCAGUGUCCAGGGCCUAGCCCGGCCACAUCCCUUGGUUUUGUAUUUUAUUUACAGAGUUUUACAGAAAAUAAAAAAGCAAAAUGCCUUUCCUA